GGCCCCGGCUCCAGGGACCCCAAGCUGGUCCAUCAGCGGUUCCUGCGGAGGAGCGUGGUGGACUCGGACCAGGAGGAGCCCGCCUUCGACCUGCCCGAGGCGGAGCACCAGCGGAGAAUCAUCCUGCUCCCCAAAACCAGGAGGAUAAUCGCGGAGCGGGCGAAGGCGGGGCAGGGGGCGGCGGAGGCGCCGGGCCGUGAGGCCGAGUGUUCCGGGGAGCCGCGGGCAACGCCGGACGCGGGCAGCGCCGCGGAGCAGAAGGAGUCAGGCAAGGAUGCGGAGCGGAGAGAGGCGCAGGAUGCUGCCAAGGACCAGGGCAAGGCUAAGAAAGAAGAGCCCGAGGAGGAGGCUGACAUGAAAGCGGUUGCCACCUCGCCGGAUGGCAGGUUCCUAAAGUUUGAUAUUGAACUCGGGCGGGGAUCCUUCAAAACGGUCUACAAGGGUCUGGACACGGAGACGUGGGUGGAAGUCGCGUGGUGCGAACUGCAGGACAGAAAACUCACGAAAGUAGAGAGGCAGAGAUUUAAAGAGGAAGCAGAAAUGUUGAAAGGUCUACAGCACCCAAAUAUCGUGAGGUUUUAUGACUUCUGGGAAUCCUGUGCAAAAGGCAAAAGAUGCAUCGUGCUGGUCACCGAGCUGAUGACCUCCGGAACGCUGAAGACGUAUCUGAAGAGAUUUAAAGUGAUGAAACCUAAAGUCCUGCGGAGUUGGUGCCGGCAAAUCCUGAAGGGUCUUCUUUUCUUGCACACAAGAACUCCACCAAUAAUUCACAGAGACUUGAAAUGUGAUAAUAUUUUUAUUACUGGACCAACUGGAUCUGUGAAAAUAGGAGACUUGGGUCUGGCAACACUCAAGAGAGCUUCAUUUGCCAAAAGUGUCAUAGGCACACCAGAAUUCAUGGCCCCUGAAAUGUAUGAGGAACACUACGAUGAAUCUGUGGAUGUCUACGCGUUUGGAAUGUGCAUGCUGGAAAUGGCUACCUCAGAAUACCCUUACUCAGAAUGCCAGAAUGCUGCUCAAAUCUACCGAAAAGUCACCUGUGGUAUAAAGCCAGCAAGCUUUGAGAAAGUUACUGAUCCUGAAAUUAAGGAGAUAAUUGGGGAGUGCAUCUGCAAAAACAAAGAAGAAAGAUAUGAAAUUAAAGAUUUAUUAAGCCAUGCCUUUUUUGCUGAAGAUACUGGGGUAAGAGUGGAACUUGCAGAAGAAGACCAUGGUAGGAAAUCCUCUAUUGCCUUAAGACUCUGGGUAGAAGAUCCUAAGAAACUGAAAGGAAAACCCAAAGAUAACGGAGCCAUUGAGUUUACUUUUGAUCUGGAGAAGGAAACUCCUGAUGAUGUUGCACAAGAAAUGAUUGACUCGGGGUUUUUCCACGAGAGCGAUCUCAAGAUCGUGGCCAAGUCCAUCCGCGACCGCGUGGCGCUGAUCCUGUGGCGGAGGGAGCGCAUCUGGCCCAGGAUGCAGGCGGAGGAGCGCCGCGACUCGGAGCCCGGGGACAAGCUCAAGGCCCCGCAGGCGCAGCAGGUGCAGGUCACCUACCUGUCCCACACGGGCCAGCACAUCCUGUCGGAGCCCGAGGAGCCGGAGGCAGACCAGCACCCCUUCCAGCAGAACCUGCCCGCCAGCGUCACCUCCGUCGCCUCUGACAGCACGUUUGACAGCGGCCAGGGCUCCACAGUUUAUUCGGACUCGCAGAGCAGCCAGCAAAGUGUCAUCUACUCGUCCCUGCCGGAUGCUGUCCCUCCUGCCAUCCAGAGGGUGUACAGCCCCCCCCUGAGUGAGAGCCAGCCUGUGCCCCACAGCCUCCCCCAGCUCAGCCACUACCAGCAGCCCUCAGCAGUAAGUCCUAAGCUUUUUCCUCCUGUCCUGCCCGCGGUGCCGGCCGCGCCCGCCGUGGUGCCCCAGCACUACCAGGAGCCGGCGCUGCCCUUCCCCGUGGUCCCCAGCACCGUGGCCCCGCUCCCGCUGGGGCAGCCGCCGCCCGUGCUGGCCGGCCAGCAGCAGCAGCCCAUCUCGCAGGCAGCCUCCCUGCAGCAGGUGCUCAGCAGCCAGCCCGUGUGCCCGCUGCCACCAGCCCCACACCUGCUGCCACCGUUCCCGGCGCAGGGCUCGCAGGUGCCCACCAGCAGCACCUCCCUGAAGCCCCUGCAGAUCCCCACCAUGCCACAGCUCCCGCCCGUGGCCCCGUCCCAGAUUCCUCAGUUUCCUGUCAUUCCCGCAAUUACUCCUCUGGCAGGGCUCGACAGCCUUCCUCCGAACCUGUCUGACAUCCCUGCUGCGAACGUGCCCCCCAUUCCGGCGCCCUCCCAGUACUUUGCUCCGGCCGUGAUCCUGCCCAGCCUGCCCAUGAACCCCACGCUGCCCAUGGCGCCCAACUCCCCCGCCCUGCCCAUGCAGGCCGUCAACCUGCCUCACACCACCGUGGCUUCCCUGGUGCUGCCCUGCCAGCCCAUCGUGCCGAGCAUGCCGGCGGCCACCAUCCCGCUGCUGGCGCAGCAGCCCAUCUCGCAGGCAGCCUCCCUGCAGCAGGUGCUCAGCAGCCAGCCCGUGUGCCCGCUGCCACCAGCCCCGCACCUGCUGCCACCGUUCCCGGCGCAGGGCUCGCAGGUGCCCACCAGCAGCACCUCCCUGAAGCCCCUGCAGAUCCCCACCAUGCCACAGCUCCCGCCCGUGGCCCCGUCCCAGAUUCCUCAGUUUCCUGUCAUUCCCGCAAUUACUCCUCUGGCAGGGCUCGACAGCCUUCCUCCGAACCUGUCUGACAUCCCUGCUGCGAACGUGCCCCCCAUUCCGGCGCCCUCCCAGUACUUUGCUCCGGCCGUGAUCCUGCCCAGCCUGCCCAUGAACCCCACGCUGCCCAUGGCGCCCAACUCCCCCGCCCUGCCCAUGCAGGCCGUCAACCUGCCUCACACCACCGUGGCUUCCCUGGUGCUGCCCUGCCAGCCCAUCGUGCCGAGCAUGCCGGCGGCCACCAUCCCGCUGCUGGCGCCAUCACUGGUGGCUUUGCUCCCUUGUCACGUAGGUGCCGAGCCCUUGGCGCAGAGGUGUGUACUAACAGCUCUCGUUGUGUUGCAGCCCAUGCCUGGACACACUCAGUUUGCUCUGGAAGCUGGAGCCCAGGUGCCCGUGCUGCCGGUGCAGCCCUCCAUGGUCAUGUCCCCGCCGCUGCAGCUGCAGCCGGAGCUGGUGCCGCCCUGCGUCCCUCCCGACGGCGUUCCCCAGCUCCACGGCAGCCGUGCCUCGGCCGCCCCGCCCAUCCCCAUAGAGCCUGGCCUGCCUCUCCAGCCCUCUGCUCUGCUGCAGCUCCAGCCUGAUCUUUCCCAGCCGCUGGGCCAGCAGCUCCCAGCUCCCUGCUCGGCUGUCACAGCAGGCACAGAGACAUCUCAAGAGGAGCAGGCAAUGCAGGACAAACUCCAAGCUCUGUCCCAGGGUUGCGAAAGCUAUAUGAGUCCAGAUGUUGCUUCUGGUAAAGAGAUGAGUGACAGCUUGGAAGGAGCAGCAGGAAGUGGAAAGCAAGAAGGAAAGUCUUCGAAGAAGCAUAAGAAAUCCACGCGUGCUCGUUCGCGCCUGGAGAAGUCCAACAGACCCAAACUGACCAUAUUAAAUGUGUGUAACACAGGGGAUAAGAUGGUGGAGUGCCAGCUGGAAACUCAUAACCACAAAAUGGUGACGUUCAAGUUUGACUUGGAUGGUGACGCGCCGGAGGAAAUUGCUACUUACAUGGUGGAGAAUGAAUUCAUCUUGCAAAGUGAAAAAGAGACUUUUAUUGAGCAAAUGAAGGAUAUCAUUGAUAAAGCAGAAGAUAUGCUCAGUGAGGAUACUGAAGGAGAGCGAAGUUCUGACCAGGGAACAAGUCCUCAACAAGAUGCUGAUAAGUCAGAAAUAAGCGAGGAGAAGCGUCAGUCUCAAAUGAAGACACCUGUGUAUCAGCAAAAUGUUUUGCAUACUGGAAAAAGGUGGUUUAUUAUAUGUCCAGUGGUGGAAAACCCUACUACAGAUGCCCCUGAGUUUUCUCCCCCGGUGCCUCCCAGUGCCCAGCAGACAGAAGGGCCAGACCCAGAGCAGGCGGAUGACCAGCCGGUGAGCUCUGCGGUGACCGAGGCGGCCGGGGUCAGGGCUGGCCAGCAGCUUCCCCUACACACAGGGGUCAGUGACAGCGCCCUUGGAGCCACCUCAUCCUUGGCACCGGCUCCUGCUGCAGCAGGGCCGCUGGCCGCGGGCCAGCAGCUGGCGAUGGCGCAGGGCGGCACGGCGGUGGCCGGGGCCGGAGUCGGCCUGCUCCAGCAGCAGAACCCCCCUGGCGCCACCGAGUCCGAUGGCGAGGGACCGCCCAGGGUGGACUUCGUGGACAACACGAUUAAAAGCCUUGAUGAGAAGCUGCGCAAUUUGCUGUACCAGGAAUACGUUCCGACUUCUUCGGCAUCGGCGGGGGCGCCGGACACCUCUGUGCCACCCGAGCAGGGUGACAGUGAAUUUACCUUAUCGCCUUUUCCUGAAGAGCAAACUCCUGCCACGGCGCUGGACAGGAGAGAACCAGGCUGCAGCGUCCCGGACGCCGGCCAGGAGUUGGACAAGCUGGAAGUCACUGGUGUGAGUGCUCAUCCCUCAGAGGCAAGAGGUCCAGUCACAAGCAUCGCUUCAGCUCCUGCUGCUCCAGCAAAAGGCCUCCUUCAGGUUGCGCCUCCAUCAUCAGGCACAGUUCCACAGAUGGAGUCUUUCCAGAGGAGCGAGGAGGCAGAGAGGACGGCUGCGCCCGCGCCCGCCGAGAGCGUGACGCGGCGAGCAGCAGCAGAUGGGGCGAUGAGUAACUUCCACAGGGACGGCUCUCCGGGCUCCUGCGGAAAACAGGCUGAGGCUCAGGAGAGCGGCACGCCGGCCAAAACCAUUGGCAGGUUCUCAGUGGUCAGCACGCAGGACGAAUUGACUCUAGCGGCGCCGCAGUGCCUGAGGUUCUCGGCGCCCCCGGACGUGUACCUGGACGAGCUGCCCUCCAGCCCGGACGCGAAGGCCGCGGUGCGCCGGGUGCAGACGGCCUCCUCCGUGGACGUGCUGUGCGAGCAGGCCUCCAGCGACUCGGCCGACGAGCCCUUCCCGCGGCAGCCGGCCGCUGCGGCCGCUCAGCUCUCCCCUCCCAGCAGCACGGCCACGGACUUCAUUAAAAAAGCUGCUGCUUUUCUGCAGAGGUCUGGCAAAGGUGGCUCCCCCGGCCCAGAGUCACCCAACGGGCAAGGUGCAAAGAUUCCUACUAUCAACAUCACGUCCUUCCACUCGCAGUCGUCCUACAUGAGCAGUGACAAUGACUCGGAGUUUGAAGAUGCUGAUAUGAAGAAAGAAUUGCAGAACCUGAGAGAAAAGCAUAUGAAAGAGAUUGCUGAGCUGCAGACACAGCAGAAGAAUGAGAUAGAGGCACUGUAUAUUCGGCUGGGGAAACCCCUUCCUCCCAACCUGGGCUUCCUUCACUCUGCCCCACCGAGCGGCCGGCGCCGAAGAACCAGCAAAAACAAAUUGAAAGCUGGAAAACUCUUAAACCCUCUGGUCCAGCAGCUCAGGAGUGGAACAUCAAGCACAAGUAACCUUUCAGACUCUAAAGACUCGCCCCACAAAGAGAGCGCUAGCUCACAGCCGGGCUCCCCCGAAGCGGCCGCGGCGCCUCCCGGCGCGGCCCCUGCUGUGGGCAGGGCCGUGCAGACCCAGCAGCCCUGCUCUGUCAAAGCCUCUCUGUCCUCUGACAUCUGCUCUGGCCUGGGCCCCGAUGCAGCCGACGCCAACGCAAGCUCUGGCCAAGGCUGGACGGUUUUCCACCAAACGUCUGAGAGAGUGACCUAUAAAUCUAGUAGCAAACCUCGUACCAGAUUCCUCAGUGGACCUGUGUCUUUGUCCAUCUGGUCCACCUUGAAACGACUAUGUCUAGGCAAAGAUCACAGUAGUAGAUCCUCGACCAACAGCCUGGUGACGUGUCCUGAGCCCCUCCCACAGUCGACACUGCAGGUUCAGGCCAACAACAGUAACAACAAGAAAGGGACAUUCACAGACGACCUGCACAAGCUAGUGGACCAGUGGACGAGCAAAAGUGUUGGAGCUGCACAGACAAAACCUUCUUUAAACCAACUGAAGCAGAACCAAAAAAGGCAAGACAUGGAGCCAAAGGCUAACCCCAUGCAAACGCAGAAUGAGACAUGUGGAGUAAAUUCAGUAAGGACAGGACUGGGGAGCAAGUGCCCCGUUCCGGUGGCUUGCCCCGUGCCCACAGGACUAGCUCCUGGAGCCGCGCCGUCCCUGCCCGUGCCCGUGCCCGGGCCCGCGCUGGCGGGCGCGGUGACGCCGUGCGUGAUGCCCGUGUGUCAGUACGGAGCCGUGCUCCCUCCCUACAGUGCCAAGCGCGAGGCCCCGCCACGGCCAAGGAGGAGGAAGAGGAAGAUGGGAAAUGAUUCAUCGUACGUGGAGGAGGGGGAUCCAGUUUGGAGCUGCUGGGGGCCCCUGGGCUCCUCUGGCAUGAACCACUGA